AUGAAGUCGAAGGCCCGCACACCUCAGCGCUCCAUCUCCAACGAUGAUAUUUCCCAGAAUUCUGCUCAGGUGCAUUCACCGAUCGGUUCGGCCGCGGAUUCGGCCAUUUGUUCGGCCGCGGCCUCCUCAUCGGGCGAUCUGACCAUCUCCGAUUCCAUUGCGGAUUUGAGUAUUAACUCGAGAAAGAAAUCAAAAAAAUCUGCAAUGAGAUCGGUGAUGUCCGGGUUAAUGGACCUGGUCUCCACGAGAAAGAAGUCGUCGGUCAGCAGGUAUAUUAUAUAAUGAUUAUGAUAUGCUCUCAGAGAGACAACGACCCAGCGACGAAAGACCUCGGAACCUGUCAUUUCGGUUUCUAAUUACGGAAUCAAACCAACCAACAAACAACAAUCGACGUUGACUCUAGAAAAGUUGACGGUCUCUUCAAGAGGGAGUUGUCCUCUAUCUGCUGAACAUCCGAGAAGAGAGCAGGACACUUUAAACAUAGAAGGUAAAUCGUGA